AUGGGUCGAAACAAGUUCCGAGGCAAUAAACACGGUGGCGGAGGUGGAAGAGGUAGCGGAAGAGACACGCGGGCGCCAUACGCGAGCUACGAUGAGGUCAAGAAGAGCAAUGAGCUGUUUGAACGAUACUACAACGAGCUCAACCUAGUCCCGGAUGAGGACGAGCGGAAAGAAUUUUGGGCGGCAAUGCGCCGCGAACUACCAAACAGCUUCCGCUUCACAGGUAGUAAAGGGCAUGCCCUUGCUGUGCAGCAACGGCUCAUUGAUCAUUACAUCCCUCAGAUCAUCAAUGUCAAACACGAAGGCAAAGCCGUUGACCCUCCAAAACCUGUUGAGUGGUAUCCGGAGAAGCUUGCUUGGUCGAUGACUACGCCCAAAAAUGUUGUCCGCAAGUUUCCCCCCUUCGCUUCCUUCCAGAAAUUUUUGGUCUCCGAGACGUCGGUUGGGAACAUUAGCAGGCAAGAGAUUGUGAGCAUGAUUCCGCCUUUACUACUUGACGUCAAACCGGGCAUGACUGUCUUGGACAUGUGUGCUGCUCCAGGAAGCAAGUCAGCGCAGCUCAUUGAGCUUAUUCAUGCAGGCGAAGAGGCAAGGAUUCGCAAAGUUGUGCAGAAGAUCGCGCAAGAGCAGGGCAGGGAAGCGAGUCCUGGAGGUAUUGAGGUCAAGGCCGAAGAAGGCGAUACCAGAGCGGACGAUGACUGGUCCGACGAUGGUAGAGCUACCGGCCUGCUUGUUGCGAAUGAUCGAGAAUACAGACGCGCACAGAUGUUGGUUCACCAGGUGAAAAGAUUAAAUUCGCCGAACAUCAUUGUCACAAAUCAUGAUGCAACACAAUUCCCGUCGAUACGCAUACCUUCCAAUGGCCCACCAAGGUACCUAAAGUUCGACCGUAUAUUAGCCGAUGUUCCAUGCUCGGGAGAUGGAACGGUCAGAAAAAGCCCAAAUAUCUGGAAGGAUUGGCUUCCCGGAUCUGGGCUUGGGUUGCACGUAACGCAAGUUCGUAUCUUGGUACGCGCGUUACAAAUGUUGAAGGUCGGUGGUCGAGUUGUCUAUUCUACCUGCAGUCUGAACCCUGUGGAGAACGAGGCAGUGAUCUCUGCCGCGAUCGACCGGUGUGGUGGUAGUGAAAAAGUCAGAAUCGUAGAUUGCUCAAAUGAGCUCCCGGGCCUGAAGAGGGCACCUGGCCUAAAGUCAUGGAAGAUUGUUGAUAAAAAGGGACAAAUAUGGUCAUCAUGGGAAGAGUACGACGAGGCAACGAAGGAUGAGGGUCUAGAUGAGAAGAUGAAACUUGUAAGAGGCAUGUUCCCACUCCCUUCCACGACCGAGGCAGAUGCUCUCCCGCUGGAUCGAUGUAUCCGUGUAUACCCCCAUUUCCAGGAUACAGGAGGGUUCUUCAUCACGGCUCUUGAAAAGCUGUCUGAAAUUCGAGCAAGACCAGAGAACGCGAAACCAGAGAAUUUGCCGAAUGCGAAGCACCCGGCAGCUCCCAAAGUCGAAGUCAAUAAUGCCAACAAGCCUACAAAUGCCAAUGGGGAAGGCAAUGCUGAGGAGAAUGCAGCGUCUCGCAAACGGGAAAGAGAGGAGGACGCUGAGCUGCCGUCAAGUCCGAAGAAGCAAAGAGUUGAGAGCGAUGUGACUAUGACUGAUACGCCAGCGCCUGCGUCCUCGGAGGCAACCCCGAAACAAGAUGAUUAUGCAGCUCCCAAGGAUUCGGGCCCCCCUGCUGGCAAGAAGAAGGGCGAUCAACCAUUCGAAGAACCUUACAAAUACCUGAACCCAGAACAUCCUGAAUUGGUUAAGAUCUACAACUUCUAUGAGAUCUCGCCUCGAUUUCCAAAAACCCGGUAUAUGGUUCGCAACGCUACCGGCGAGCCGGUAAAGGCGAUUUACUAUACUUCGGAGCGUGUGCGUGAUAUCCUUGUUUGCAAUGAAGGACAAGGCAUUAAAUUCGUCCAAGCCGGGGUAAAGAUGUUCAUGAAGCAAGAUGCCCAAGGGCAGGACAUUUGCAGAUGGCGAAUCCAAUCGGAAGGCAUACCAAUUCUUGAGCCUUGGGUUGGUGAGAGCAGAGUGGUACGGUUAUACAAACGCGAGACUUUGCGCAAGCUGCUCAUCGAGAUGUUUCCGCGAGUUGGAAACGGCGACUGGCGUAAGUUCAAUGAGAUCGGGGAGUGGAUUCGAGAUGUUAGCAUGGGUUGCUGCGUUUUAAGAGUUGAACCUAGCGAUGCAGAAGACGGUUUCAAGGAGCGAACCGUUCUCCCGCUAUGGCGUAGCAUCAAUUCGAUCAAUCUCAUGCUUCCCAAGGAAGAACGUAAAGCAAUGCUCUUGCGGCUCUUCAACGACGAAUCAGAGUUAAUUGAUCAUUCCAAGGACCGUGAACGAAUUGCUGUGGUCAAGAAUGGAUCAGAGAGUGAGAAUGGCGUCGAGGUUAUUGAUCACCAGUCAGCUCAUCAGGUUAAUGGAGAUGAUGCAAAGCCAGAGCCUGAUCGGGAAGCUUUCGAGUCACAGGAAGCGAAUGGAGUAGAAACGCCUGGCGACGAGUAA